GAGUUUCCGCUGGCGCGGCACCAACACGGGCGAUCCAUCAUCCAGCGAGGAGACGAUGUGGGAGGAGCUGCAGGAGAGUGACAACCAGGUCGCAUUAUCGGAUGCCUUGAUCGUUUUCUCCACCCCGGACGGCGCCAGCCUCGCGGACGAGCAGAAGGGAAACAUUGUUCUGAACUGCGGCCCAGGGUACAAGCUCGAGGGCUUCGAGGAGGGCGAAGAUGCUACCGCCGCAGAGGGCGGCGACAUCAGCGACCCAGGAACAUCGAACGACGACGUGGUGUUCGAGGCAUCCUCGGCCCCUGACGCGGCCCCAAAGAAGCUGGAAUACACGGUGGAG